UACACCUCCAAUUAGCGGCAAACGUUAUUGAUUAGCUAAUGCUAGGUUAACCAUUAAAACUAACUUACUUAGUAAAUUAAAACUAACUUACUAAAAGUGGUUAAACGUUCCUACAUGGUGGAGUGGUUGUGUUGCCCACCAAUAGCAGGAAGGUCUGGUACAAAGUGUCUGUCAUCACUGUCCACCCCCCUCAAGUUUGGACUGGUCCGUUUCGCAUCUGAAAAAAAGCUCAUAGUUGGAGAAGAGUUCUUCAUGUCAGGGACUGCUGUAGGCUCGACACACUGAUUACCGCAGCUCCUGGAUCAUCUAAGCAGCUCUCUGCACCUGUCUCUUCCAGAAGUAUUUGUGUGUUCAAAGAUAAACACACAUUUUUGUGUUUACAUUUAAAAACAUCUAAAAUCUAAAAGUGACAACAAGAACAAAAGCCUUUGUCAGAUAAGAAAAUGGAUGAGAAAGAGCUGAGUGAUCCCUUGAAUAACGUAUCUGUGAUUAAAGAUUUUUUUUCUUCAUUAGAUGAUCUGACCAAGGCAAACAUGGGCUCCUCUGGUGACUCUGAAAAAACCAUUCAGCGCUUGACUGAUGAACUUCGAGAGGCCAAGGAUCUAGCUAACACAGAGAAACAUAAAUGCAUGGAGCUACAAGGUAUCCUGGAGGAAGAGAGAAAGGAGAAGAAAAAACAAGCUGAUGAUUCUGCCAAACAGAUAAAACUUCUUGAAGGCCAGCUGCGGCAGCUCCAUGAUGAGAUGGCCGUUCUCAGAGAGCAGAUAGACGUCUCCUCCAGCUCACGCGAUGAGCUACAAAGCGCACGUGAUGAAGUGAAGUUGCUGAAACGUGCCCUGGAGGCAGCAGCUGCCGAGCGGGACCGUGACGUUGCUGCUGUCCAGUCUAACCUGGCAACUGUCUCCAACGAUCUGGACAAAUGGCGUCAAACGGCCAACAAGUACGAGCGUGAGAUUGACAACCUGCAGCGUGACCUUCAGCAGCAGAGCAAGCAGUGGCAGAAAACUGCAGAAAUACAAGCCAGUGAGCUUCAGUCCAUGCAGGUGGAGUGUAAUGGCCUUCAGAAAGAAUGUUCUGUUCUUCGAUCUGAGAAACAGGAUAUCGUGAAUAAGCAGCAGAAGGAAAAAAGCAGUCUGCAGAGUGAAUGUGCUUCCCUCAGGGCUGAGAAUGAGGAACUCCUGAAGACUCACCAGAAAGAGAAAAGCAACCUGCAGAGUGAAUGUGCAGCACUGCGCACUGAGAAAGAGGCAGAGCUGCAGAAACGGCAGCAGCUGGAGAAGGACCUUGCCAGUUUGCGUGCCCAGAACACUGAGCUGAAAAAUAGCUGUGGAUCCCUUGAGCAGACCAAGCAGGAGAUGGAGAAGAGGAUGGUGGCCCUGCAGCUCCAGCACCAGCAGGAUAGCACCACACUGCAAACUCAACUGGAUGAGGCAGACAGCCGCAGCAAGGCUCUGCAAAAAGAGUACGAGGAGGCUAGGACGGAGCUGUCAGACCUCAAGGAAAAAUACGAGAAGGUUGAGCAGGAAAAACAAUUGGUUACAGAUGAACUCGAGGCAUGCAGAGCCAACAUGGAGGAACUGCAAGGAAAAGGGACAAAGACAUCCCUAUUGCUGCCUGUUCAAGCCAUAGUCAUCGGCCUUAUCCUGGCUUUGCUGUAUUGGUGCUUCGGCGCAUUGUGGUAGCAAGAAACCGUGGAUGAUCUGGGGGCCUGUGGUAGCUGUGGCUCUAACAGCUGUGACUGCUGCUGUGCUCUUCAGGACCUGAGGGCGACUCAUUCAAGCACACACACACCCACGCACGCACACACACAAGGGAAUCCAUAUUUGUCUUCAGGUGUCAGAACUUGCCCUCCUUAUCAUAUCUGCACUAUUAACUCGGAGGGCUCAUAUUUAACUGUUUAAUUUUUAAGAUGCUCUAUUUUAGAUGGCAGAGAAGUUAAUAAAAGAAUGUGAUUUUUGUGUGCAAAGUAAGUUUGUACGUCUGUUAUUUACAGGAAGUCGAGUCGAGUUUACAAAUUUGAUUGGGAUUACGGAUGAAUGUAAAAAAUAAAUAAAUAUGCCACAAACUGAACUAAUUAUUAGUAUUCAUGAUGAUGUUUUAGGUGGAUCACUUGGAGCUCUAAAUGUAGCACUUCUGUGUAAUUGUCAUAAUAGUGGAGAUUGUCACAAUAACACCCCCUAAUGGACUGUGUAAUGAAAGCCAUAGAUGGGUAACUGCAUUAGUGAUGGGAAUUGCAAAGAGAUCUGUUGGUGUAACUGUUAUGAAAAUGGAUAGUUUCAGACAGUAUUGAGGUGAGCAGGAGUUUAUCUUGUUUGUUUUUUCUCAACAGAGAACCAUUAAAGAAAAUUGCAGAAACAUA